CAUUCCACGAGCCGUUACCCACUUACUGUCAUACCGUGAUCCACGCCCUGUGUCUUCCUCUGCUAUCCGGUAUCUCUCCUCAUCACCCAUCUUACAAAUAUAUCCAAUUAAAACCACUCCCCAGCUCCCAAUCUCUCCCCCCCCGAAAUCUCUCCCCGCCACAAUUUCCCUUCACCCCCCAUUUCCUCUCCUCCCCUCCCCGUUCUCUCUUUCUUACUCCCCUCUUUUCCCAAAACGGAACCGAUCUGCUUCCCCUCGGACCGCCCCCCACUCCCCUAAUCUCGAGAGGAGGCAGAUCCAUUCAUUAGGAUAAAAGCUCGAAUAAUUAAAGACCCUCCCGAGACCCAAACCCAAAUUGAAGGAGAAGGAAAGAAGGAAGGGAGGAAAAGAAGUGAGUGUUCGAGAGGAUGGCGAGCCAUCUCCAGCACCGGGCCCAUUCCUUCUCCUCGGCCCUCCUCGCGGCGGUGCUCGCGGUGGCGGUGGCCCUGUCCCUCCCAGCGCCGUCGGCUGCGAAGCUGACGCCCAACUACUACCGAAAGACGUGCCCCCGGGCGGCGGAGAUCGUGACGCAGGUCGUGACCGGCAAGCAGAUCGCCAACCCCACCACCGCCGCGGGCACCCUCCGCCUCUUCUUCCACGACUGCUUCGUCGGGGGCUGCGACGCCUCCGUCCUCAUCUCCACCAACGCCUUCAACCGCGCCGAGCGCGACGCCGACAUCAACCUCUCCCUCCCCGGCGACGGCUUCGACGUCGUGGUCCGCGCCAAGACCCAGCUGGAGAUCGAGUGCCCCGGCAUCGUCUCCUGCUCCGACGUCCUCGCCCUCGCCACCCGCGACCUCGUCACCAUGCUCGGCGGGCCCUUCUACCCCGUCCUCCUCGGCCGCAAGGACGCCCUCGCCUCCAAGGCCGACACCGUCGAGGGCAACCUCCCCCGCCCCAACAUGACCGUCUCCCAGAUGAUCUCCAUCUUCGCCGCCAAGGGCUUCACCGUCCAGGAGAUGGUCGCCCUCUCCGGCGCCCACACCGUCGGCUUCUCUCACUGCAAGGAGUUCGCCCACCGGAUCUACAACCACAACAACGGCGGCCAGAACGCCUUCGACCCCUCGAUGAACCCCAAGUUCGCGGAGGCGCUCCAGAAGGCCUGCGCCAACUACAUCAAGGACGAGACCAUCGCCACCUUCAACGACAUCAUGACGCCGGGCAAGUUCGACAACAUGUACUUCAAGAACCUGGCCAGGGGCCUGGGGCUCUUGGCGUCCGACCAGCUUCUUAUGUCGGAUCCGAGGACGAAGCCCUUCGUCCAGCUCUACGCCGCCAACAACACCGCCUUCUUCAACGACUUCGCGCACGCCAUGGUGAAGCUCAGCGUGUACGGGGUGAAGACCGGGAGGAAGGGGGAGGUCCGGCGGAGGUGCGACAACUUCAACAAUUGAUUGAUCUGAGAUGAGGAGACGUCCUCCUUGAUCCUUGUUGCCGUUUUGUUUGGAUUGGAAUAGAUUAAUUAUUUAUUGCUCCUGGAGAGUUGAGCGGGAAGGGAUUGUGGAUUUGAAGUUGGCAUUCAUCUGUUGUUGUGAUCAACGGAUAUGAUGAGAAUGGGGGAGAUCAAAAUUCUUUUUCAUUCUGAUGAAGAUAUGUUGUUACUAAUAUAAGUGUUAUAUAUAUGUAUUCUCUUUGUAUAUCAAUUCUUUUGGCGAUAUAACCUCUGGUGAUGAUUAUGGUGUGAGGUAUAUGCCAACCUGUUCAUCUAGUCUAGCCUAAUUUAUAAAAGGUUUGGUGCUUAA